AUGAGCAAAAGGGAUCAUCAUACGCGGGCAAAGGCGUCCAAAGAACAGUGGACGCUAGACCAGUCACCGUAUGAGACAUUAGGGGUGCAAGGGGACGUCUCAGAAGAGGGCAUUAAAACCGCGUACCGGAACCUCGUGAAAAUCUACCACCCGGAUGUCUACCAGGGCACUGAAGACGGGGAGCCCGCUGGUGCCCGCUUCAUCCGCAUCCAGGCCGCUUACGAGCUGCUUAUGGACCGGGAGGCGCGGGGCAACUAUGACCGGGAUCACAAACGGAACCCCUUCAUGGCGAGUGAGGCGUGGCAGGCGUACGUGGCGCGCAAGAAGAAGGCGUUCGAGCAGCGGGGUGACGUGGCAGCCACCGCGUGGGCCGAGGUGCAGCGGCACGAGAUGCAGGUCAAGGCGCGCCAAAUGGCCAAGCAAAAGAUGGACCCCGAGGAGGAGCGGCGGUUAGUUGCCAAGGAGGUGCAGUUAAAGGCGGAGCUGUUCGACCGCACGAGCAAGCGGCACAUGCUGGUGCUCAAGAAGCGGGACCUGGCCAAGCGGCGCGCGGGGGAGGACGAGAAGAAGCUGCUCGUGCAGAAACUACUCCUCGAGGAGGGCUUCGAGCUGGCGGACGAGGACUGACCUUUUCGGGGGGUCCGAAAUUCUAGGAGAAGGGGGGAAGGGGUGGGAGAGGCAUGUUGCGGAUUGGAAGUGCUUAGGGAACGGUGCUGCUCGUGGGGAGCUUUGAGUUGGAGGACUGACGCCUCUCAGGGGGCUGCGGUUUGAAUGGGAAGGUGGGGGGUGGAAAGGGUGAACGGAAGCAUUUGAUUGUAGUGUUUCGGUUGACAAGAGUGCUGUCCAAGGAGGGCGUCGAGCUGGAGGACAAGGAUAGCCGCCCUCGGGGGGGUGGCCUUUUCACUUGGUUGACGGGAG